UAUGUGAGACUCUCACUUGUGAACUAUCGAGAUAUGCCAGAUUAUUUAAAUGAUUGUAAACAAUGGAAAGUAGCGCUUGUACGGACAUGAAAACGGACAAUAAUCCGGACAGUUCCUCAGAUGAUGAGCAUGAUCAGCCGGAUCCUAGGAUACAGACGGAGUUAGAUAAGUUAAACUCUGCCAGUGCAGACAUAAACAGACUUGAAAAUGAACUUGAUGAGGCCAGGUCAAAAUAUCGCAUCAUCGUGUCGGGAACUUCCGGUCAAAUGGAAAUCAUUGCAAAAGGCCGGAAGAAGAGUAUCCAAAAAGCGCGGGAAUACUACAAAUUAUCGUUGGAUGCUAAGCUGGCACAAAGUGAAGCGUUGAAGGCUGCGCGACAAUUCCAGACCGCUGUAAGCGUGUAUAAGGCCGCACGGGAAACCGUGGCUCUAGCAGAAAGCAGGUUGACAGAAGACACGGGGACAACGGCCGCCCAGCUCACGUCUGCCUGGCAGGAAAUGCUAAAUCAUGCCAUCGCCAAGGUCACAGAGGCUGAAAAGGAAAGGGCAAAAAGUGAACAGAAUCACCAACGGAGAUCUGCGAAAUAUGCCGAACUACAGUCGCAAAUUCAAAUUCUUGAAAAGAAAUUUGCCCGCUCAAUUAAGAAAGCAAAACCUUACUUCGAACUAAAAGCUGAACUUGAUGUUAAACUUAUGCAACAGAAGCAAAAUGUGUUGGAUUUACAAGCUGCAAUCAGAUGUUGUAAAAUGAAGUAUACAGAGUCACUGCGCAAACUCGAAAGUAUUUCAGAAGAAAUACACCAAUCACGACGCGAGAAAAUCUGGUCAAAAGUUCCCCGGAUGCCAGGAGUCGGUGCAGACACAGAUAGCAUGACUUCCGGUAUAUC